ACAAAUCAUGUCCAUUAUUCCUUCUGAUCCAGAACCUCUCUCUUUCAUUGAGUAGUAAUAAGGGUUUUUAGUAUCCCUAACCAGUGACAACAUAUGUCAACAUCUGUUCAUCAACCUUACCUUAGGACCUAAGAAAAGUAUGCUCACUUCUCUAUCAUCCACUUAAUUUUUGUUUCUCACUUGUUCAAAAUGGAUUCGGCGUUAGAUGGCGUCAAUUCGACGCCCAAUGGCGGAUCACUUCCUUCUACGGCGCCUCCUUCUCAAAUCCUUAAUGAAAACGCACCGCCGCGCUUCUUGGCUAAGACCUAUGAUAUGGUCGAUGAUCCAUCCACAGAUAAAAUCGUCUCUUGGAGCGCUACAAGCAACAGUUUUGUCGUCUGGGAUCCUCCAGAAUUCGCUAGAGAUCUCUUACCCAAGUACUUCAAGCACAAUAACUUCUCCAGUUUUGUCCGGCAGCUUAACACUUACCGUUUUAGAAAAGUUGAUCCGGAUCGUUGGGAGUUUGCGAAUGAGGGAUUCCUUCGAGGUCAAAAGCAUCUUCUCAAAAGCAUUAACAGGAGAAAAGCGGCCCAAGGAAGUGUUCCUCAUCAUCACCACCACCACCAACCGCAACAACCAAACAGGCAAACUCCUCUGUCGGUUGGGUCAUGCGUGGAGGUUGGAAAAUUCGGGCUUGAAGAAGAGAUCGAGUGGCUAAAAAGGGACAAAAACGUACUUACUCAGGAGCUCGUGAGGCUUAGGCAGCAGCAACAGUCAACAGACAGCGAGAUGCAAACUAUGGUCAGUCGACUUCAAGGAAUGGAGCAGAGACAACAACAGAUGAUGUCGUUCCUUGCAAAAGCUGUAAACAGCCCCGGAUUUCUGGCUCAUUUCGUACAACAGCAGAACGAUAAUAUGAUUAAUGAAGGAUGCAAAAAACGGAGGCUUAAGCAAGAAGAUGACGGUGUUCUUGACGAGGUACAUAUGAUCAGCUACCAGCAGCAGCCAUUGAUGAACGACGCAGCAACAGCAGAAGAAGCCUUGUUUAGACAGAUCAUGAAACACGAAGACAUUACAUCAUCAUCGUCAUCAUCUGGCUCAGCAGAGUACGGCGCUUCACAUAUAUCACCUGGAAUUAGUCUUCACGAAGUCUUACCAAGUCAAACUAUUCCCACCACCUUCUCGGAGGUUCAAUCUUCCCCUCUGGGCUCAAUCUCUGAAACAACAGUCACAAACCACUUGUUUCCCGAUACAAUGUUAUUCCCUUUGGCAUCGGUUCCUCUUCCAGAAGCAGAAUUUCCUAUAUCUUCGAUCUCGGACAACUCUGAAGUUCCUGUAGAGAUCAUGAGUAACUUCUGUCCGGAAGGUGAGUUUGAAUGGGAGAACUCGUUGCAGAAGCUUCCUAGCAUAGGGGACCCUUUUUGGGAACAGUUGCUUGCAUCGGGACCUAUAAUACCCGAUGACACGGAUUCAUCAUCGACAGGGGAAUGUUGCCUUAGAGGUGAAGAGGACAUUGGGAUGAUGAAACAAUCUACUCUGGGAUUGAAUAGAAAUGUUACUAGUCAGAAGAAGAUGGAACAACUUACUGAGCAGAUGGGUCUUCUUAGUUCGGUUAAUGCUAUUGCAGCAAAGAGGAGAUUUUGAGGAUUGAUGAAGAGGAAGAGGAGAGGAGAGGAGAGGAGGAGGAUCUCUUUGCUUAGCUAAUAAUGUUGUAUGUAUAUGUAUAUGCAAACUUCACACUAAUAAUCUCUAGCAAAGAAAAACCCCAUAUGUAUUUCUAGCCUUUAAGUUGUUGUAUUAAAUGUCUACUUUUAUUA